AUGCCGUUCACCCAAAAGCAGAUUGCUAAGUUUGAAGCCAUCAGAAAGAACACUGCCAAUCUGGACGAGUUGCACAGAGACAAGAGACAAUCGUUCAAGGAAAAGUUUGAAAUAUACAAAGACCAGAUGAACAAGUCCAACGUUAUACUAUCGUAUCCACACUGGGUUAUGAGUGAAAGACUGCGCAUACAGGAUCCCGAUUUGUACAACACUUGGCACAAUGAGAUGCAAGCCACUGGCAUCGAGACACCAGUACCUAAAUCAACCAAGAUCGCACAACAAGCUGAAGCCAUUAAACACGUACUGAAAAGAGCUAGAGAAAACCAAGACGUAGACCUGGAUGCAAGUCCACCACACAAGAAGAGUCUUAUGAUUGACGAUAUUCUAGGACCAACUACCAGUAUCGAACCAGUACAAAGCACCAGUCCAGAGCCUGUUUCACCUAUACGUUCCGACGAACUGGAAGACAUGCUAAACACACUACCGAAGGGCCAUCACACCCAUCGACGAUGA